AUGAUACGAUCAAUUGAAUUGACAUUUCCUAUUCGAACGUCAUCUGAUCUUCGUAAUUUAAUUAUGAAAUUACUUCGUGGACAUCCAACUGAUCGAUUACCUUUGAAAGAUGUUGCACAAUAUGUUUGGAUAUUAAAAAAUGCAGAUAUAGCUGCUAUUGAAGAUAACUAUGUUAAACGAAAGAAAAUAUUAAAUAGAGAAAAUUAA